CACUAUUUCCACCUUCCCACCUCCCCACUCACCUGGAUCCACCUCUCUCUCCCCAGCUCUUGCCCCAUCCCCACCCCUCACCUCUUCCUUGACUAUUUCACGUCCACUCUCAGUCCAGAGCGAGGGUCUCGGCCCGAAAUGUUGACGGUUCAUUUCCCUCCACAGAUGCUGCCCGACACACUGAGUUCCUCCAGCAGUUUGUUCUUUGGCCUGUAUAACCCAUGUUAGUCUGGGGAGCGGGAUUUUACACCAUAUUCCAGGUACAAUCUCAACAAGGCACAAAUAAAUGUCACUUUGCCCGGACCAUCGGCCCCGCUUGCAGGGCAACAGUCUGCUGGUGUUUACCCCCAAUGUGGUGAAUCCUUCUGCUCGGCACCACCGUGGGCUCAGACAUUUCCACAGAUGAGCCCCUCCUGUCCCCACCGGGACAAACAUCCUGUCCGCCCCCUCUCUCACCAUCUUCAUCCUUUCAAUAAAAUCCUCCCCGGGGAACCGGCAUCAACCCGACGGGCCGAGCGGUCUCCUCCUACCUCUCAGCGAUACAUCAGACUCCGGCCGCAGGAGACGCUUCACAAACGCCCCAACUUCCCUAGGGAGGGAAAUGGAAAUAAAUCAGAAAGCGGACAUUUACUUUGGGGUUUUCUCCGCUCUGAGGAGGCGGUUGGCGCUCGAGCGGGAGACGAACUCAGCGGGGUAACGCCCUCUCGGCCUGUCCGCCUCCGCGACUGGUUGUAACCAGUGAUUGACAUCGCUUCGCACCAAUGGGAAUAACACAGCUCCUGAAUCCUUUGUUGACAGCGAUGGGGGAGGGGCUAGUCACGUGAUUAUUAGCCCAGCCGUUAAACCGAUAAAGCGCGAGCACAGCAGCGCUCUCCGUUGCCCCUCCCGCCUCCGGCCAGUGGUGGCUCUGCAUGGACCUCCAGAGACUGUUCGCGCUGCAUGGGCCUCCGGCCACGGGUGGCGCUGUGUGUACCUCCGCCCACCGGCGACUAUGUGCAGACCUACAGCCACCGGUGGCGCUGUGCGUACCUCCGGCCACCGGCGACUAUGUGCAGACCUCCGGGCACAGGUGGCGCUGUACGUACCUCCGGCCACUGGCGACGAUGUGAAGACCUCCGGCCACUGGCGACGAUGUGAAGACCUCCGGCCACUGGCGACGAUGUGAAGACCUCCGGCCACUGGCGACGAUGUGACGACCUCCGGCCACUGGCGACGAUGUGAAGACCUCCGGCCACCGGUGGCGCUGCGGAGAACCUCCGGCUAAACGCAUGCGGUUUCUCACUGCAUCUGUUGUUAGCGGUUCUCCGAUUCGAGCGGGGUUAGACCUGCUGUGAGAGAUUUAUUUGAAGAAAAACCCACAACUGGAAGCAAAGCACGACUGAAGACGAGGGAACAGCAACAAGUGAACCAGCCCGAGGACUGAGAGCAUCAACUGGAGAGGACCCAUCUGACUCGGAGAUUCCAGUGAUUCAGUCAGGAGAAAGUUUGGUUAAAAACGACAAGGAUAUUAUCUACGGGGAGGUCGAACACAACACGCUGUUUUUUUGUCUAUGUCCAGAUAUUUAAGAAGUGGAACAAAGGAUUCACUCGAUCAUCAUUCCUACUCAGACUGUGGGGAGUGAUUCACUCGAUCAUCAUUCCUACUCAGACUGUGGGGAGUGAUUCACUCGAUCAUCAUUCCUACUCAGACUGUGGGGAGUGAUUCACUCGAUCAUCAUUCCUACUCAGACUGUGGGGAGUGAUUCACUCGAUCAUCAUUCCUACUCAGACUGUGGGGAGUGAUUCACUCGAUCAUCAUUCCUACUCAGACUGUGGGGAGUGAUUCACUCGAUCAUCAUUCCUACUCAGACUGUGGGGAGUGAUUCACUCGAUCAUCAUUCCUACUCAGACUGUGGGGAGUGAUUCACUCAAUCAUUAUUCCUAUUCGGACUGUGGGGAGUGAUUCAUCGAUCAUCUGACUGACUGGCAUGCUGUCAAUUUACACGGAGGGAAUCCAUUUAUCUGCUCAGACUGUGGGAAUGGAUUCAGUCGGUCAUUUCAACUGAAGGUACAUCAGCUGGAAGGCCAUUCACCUGUUCUGUGGGUGAGAAUGGAUUGAGACGGUCUUCCUGCCUGUUGGAUACACCAGUCAGUGCACAUUGAAUUUGCGGGGAAGGAUUCAGUCAGUCAUCUGAUCUAAUGGCUCACCAGCAAGUUCACACUGGGGAGCGGCCGUUCACCUGCUCGGACUGUGGGAAGGGAUUCACGUUGUCAGCUCACCUACUGAGACAUCAGUCAGUUCACACUGGUGAGAGGCCAUUCUCCUGCUCUGACUGCAGGAAAACAUUCACUUCGUCAUCUGAACUUAAGGUACAUCAACGAGCUCACACUGGGGAGAAGCCGUUCAUCUGCUCAGACUGUGGGAAAGGAUUCAGUUCAUCAUCUAACCUUAAAGUGCAUCAGCGAGUUCACACUGGGGAGCAACCGUUCACCUGCUCAGACUGUGGGAAAGAAUGCACUUCAUCAUUCCAACUUAAGAUACGUCAGCGAGUUCACACUGGGGAGAGGCCGCUCACCUGCUCAGACUGUGGGAAAGGAUUCACUUCAUCAUCUAAUCUAAAGCUACAUCAGCGAGUUCACACUGGGGAGAGGUCGUUCACCUGCUUAGACUGUGGGAAGGCGUUCACACAGUUUGCUACCCUACAAGCACACCGGUCAGUUCACAGUGGGGAGAAGCCAUUCACCUGCUCAGACUGUGGGAAAGGAUUCACUUUGUCAUAUAAACUUAAGGUACAUCAGCGAGUUCACACUGGGGAGAGGCCGUUCACCUGCUCAGACUGUGGGAAAGGAUUCACUCAGUCAUCCCACCUGCGAGCACACUACUCAGUUCACACCAGGGAGACUCUGGACACCUGCUCGGACUUUGGGAAGAGAUUCUCUCAGCCAAAUCAACCAAAUGUGCAUCAUUGAGUUGACCAUUCACUGGAUGUGUGUCAAUCACCGUUAGUGAAUGCAACUUCGAGAGUGACUGUCGGUGCUGAACUCUGCAAUUAUUGCUGCUGCUCACCACACCCAGUUCUGCACUCUGGUCACUGGGCAUGGGAGGAGUUUCUUCUGCUGCAUAUUCACCUUUAA